AUAUACGGACAAAUUCUACUUAAAUGUGCCUCCUGUUUCGUUUUUUCAAAUAACAAUAAUUUUCGUUGUGUUGGCGUCAGUCUACACAUGCCUGAUCCUUACGUCACAGCUUGUCUGCUUGUGUCUGCGUACAGUUGUUGGCUUGUUUGACAAUAGAGGUGAUUGUCGCGUUUUUUUCCGUAAUCUUUUUUACAAAAGCGCUAUUCGGAUCUAUCAGAGAAUCUCUCUAUACGUACCCAUUCCAGAGUCGCGAACAACAACCGCAUCAUCUAGCAUGAAAAUGCCUAAUAAUCAGUCAUCUGAAAACGGGCUCUACGACUAUGAAGACACGACGUACAUCUCCGAGAGCAUAGAUAACAACGGAGUGGAGGAGUUCAAUGCUACCCCCGAUGACGACUUCUCAGAGUACCUCUGGAUGGAAAACGAAGAAGAGUUCGAUAAAGAGGUCAUGCAAAGGCUCGAAGAGGAAGCCCUUAUGGAGGAGUGCAUUGAGGCUAUGUUAGCUGACGAAAACAGUGAGGCACCCUCCAAUCAUACAAACGGAGCUGACCCGAAUAAUGAAGUAUCAAACAUGAUCAACAACUUGAAGUUGGAUUGUCCUGAAGUUGUGAAAGAAAGCAAUUUAAAUCCGUUGGCUGCUGAAUUCAUACCAGGUGGAUCUCACACACCUGUAGAAACUGUAACUGGUUCGUCCUAAACUGUCUCUGGUACAUGCAGUCAUGAAUCUCAACAUGUACAUAAUUGUCAGAAAAAAUAGUGGUAUUUUUUUAAUAAUUACAAUGUUUUUACUUCCUUUUAUUGAGAUUACUUAUUAGUGUAACUGUCUUUCCAAAGUGUGAAAUUUAUUAACUGCAGGUCUAAGUCUUAAAUAUUUAAGAUUGUUUAACACACUUAUUUAUACAGUUUUAUAUUAUACAGUAUAAAUGAGAUUAUCUGUUCUUAUCUAAGACAUAAAGAUCUCAUUAUUAAACAUUGUUAUUGAGGAGUGUGGAACAUUUUGUGUGAUUAGAGCAGCUUUAAUGACCCUCCCUCAAUUUUUUUUUUCUCUUUACUAUUUGUAUUUCUGUGAGUGUGUAAAAUUAAAAAAAAAGUCUAGGUGUAAAAUUUUUGUCAUUAAUUUUUUAUUUCAAAAAUAUGUCUCGCAACAAUCUCAAAUUAUACACAAUCUAAGGGUUAUGUAGUGAUAAUAAGGCUGUGCGAGUACACAAAAAAACUUUUUGUACCUUUAGCUUUUUUUUGCUCUCUUUUGUUUAAGAGGAGUUAUUUUAUUGUAAGCAAAAACAUUCGUUGGUACGAAAUAUUAUAUAAGUUUGUAUAAUUGAAUUGUAAAAAAAGAAAUAAAUUAUUUGAAUUGG